AUGACGCUACCGCCUCGCCCCGCCCCUCCCGGGGCUGCGGCGGUGCCGUUCCGCACCGGGGCCGCCGGGGGCGCCCUCGCCGCCCGCUCCGGUGCCGGUGCCGCUUGCGGCCGCGGAGCGCCGGGAUCCGCCAGCCGAGCCAGGCCGGAGCUGCGGGGGCAGAGCCAUGAGUGUGGGCUGAGCCCCCCCGGACCUGCGCCCACCCCCAGGCUGCUGCCCAGGAACGGCUGCUCGUGCGAGGCGGAGGCGGAGGCGGGGCUGGCGCUGCCGCUGCACCGGCGGCUCUUCGGGCCCGGCCCGGCGGGGCUGGACUUCGCCAGCGCCUUCGCCCCCGGGGAGCGGCCGCGGCAGCUGCGGCUGCGGGAGCGCGAGUACCGCAAUUACCGGAACCGGGUGCAGACCCCCGCCGACCGCCUGCUGAUCGUCCCGGCCAACUCCCCGCUGGAGUACCCGGCGCAGGGGGUGGAGGUGCGGCCGCUGCAGACGGUGCUGGUGCCCGGUGAGGGGGCGCGGGGGGAGCACCCGCGCCCCUCGCCCCCAGCCCCCGCUCGCCCUGCAGUGCAGUUCUCCACCGACGGCCACUCCGCCGCCUUCGCCAUCCGCAUCCGCCACCCGCCCACGCCGCGCCUCUACGGCCCGGGCAGCGCCGGCGACAGCGACAGCGGCGGCGACAGCGACAGCGCCAGCAGCGGGGACGGGGGGUACAACAUCUCGGCGCUGGUGACCGUGGCCACCAAGACGUUCCUGCGCUAUGACAAGCUGCGGGGGCUCAUCGCCAGCAUCCGCCGCUUCUACCCCUCCGUCACCAUCGUGGUGGCCGACGACAGCCAGCGCCCCGAGCCCCUGGCAGGGCCACACCUGGAGCACUACCUCAUGCCCUUCGGCAAGGGCUGGUUCGCCGGGAGGAACCUGGCGGUGUCGCAGGUGACCACCAAGUACGUGCUGUGGGUGGACGAUGACUUCAUCUUCACGCCCCGCACGCGGUUGGAGAAGCUGGUGGAUGUGCUGGAGAGAACCAGCCUGGACCUGGUGGGCGGCGCGGUGCGGGAGAUCACCGGUUACACCACCACGUACCGGCAGCGGCUGAGCGUGCGCGGGGGCGGCGCGGGGGGCGACUGCCUGCGGACCCGGCCCGGCUUCCACCACCGCCUCGCCGGCUUCCCCGCCUGCGUCGUCACCGACGGCGUCGUCAACUUCUUCCUGGCCCGCACCGACAAGGUGCGCCAGGUGGGCUUCGACCCCCGCCUGCGCCGCGUGGCGCACCUCGAGUUCUUCAUCGACGGGCUGGGCGUGCUGCACGUGGGCUCGUGCGAGGACGUGGUCGUGGACCACGCGUCCAAGCUGGCGCUGCCGUGGCGGCGCUCGGAGGGCGAGCGCCAGUACAACCGGUACCGGUACCCGGCGGCCCGCGACGACAGCGUGCGCCUCAAGCAGCGCCUCUUCUUCUUCAAGAACCGCUUCAAGUGCAUGGCCGGCGACUAGGCGACACCGGGAGUGGCCACCGGGCGUGGCCACCAGCCCCCGGCAGCGCUGCGGAGCCGCGGGGCUGCGCUGAUGGCACCCCCGGGGGGCUGGCGCGGAGGUGGCACCGGGACGCUGGUGGCGGGACACGCCGUGGGCAGCGCUGGCACGGGCCGCCUCAAGGGUCACUGCUGCCAGCCACCCCUGCGGUGUCCCCAGAGCCACAUCUGGGCCACCCCCGGGGCCGCCAACCCUCCUGGGGGUCGCCCCCAGGGCCGCCGUUCCUGGGGCACCCCUGGCGUGGCUGUCCCUGGUGGGUCACCCCACGGGCCACCACCGCCGGCUGUCCCCAGGGCCACGGCCACUGGCGUGACACAGUGCCACCCCCCCCAGGUGGCCACUCCAGGGCCACUGCCACUGGCGUGACACAGUGCCACCCCCCCCAGGUGGCCACUCCAGGGCCACUGCCACUAUGGUCCCCCUCCCUUGGGCCACCCCGUGUGCCACCACCACUGGACA